AUGGCCCGCCUGGUAGCUGUGUGCGAGGAAAAUGAAGAGGACUACCCGUUUCUUACCAGACAGAUUCCUCUGUAUAUUGAUGACUCUUUAACGAUGGUGAUGGAGUUUCCUGAUGUCAUGGAUGUUGACAGACAUAUAAGCAGCAGCUCCCAUUGGAAACAGUUUACAGAGAGUCACUCAAAGUUGAAGCAACCGGACUUGUCUGUGGCCCUCUCGGUGGUGUUUAGAGAGUUUUGCAAGACAUUAUCCCAGCUGGUGCCAUGCGUGGGCUGCAGACGCAGUGUAGAGCGCCUAUUCACCCAUUUAUCCGUAUCCGGGACACCGGCCUUGGAGCCACUCACGUUUAAACCUAUGGGCAUACUGUCUGUCACCGAGACUUGUUUGUCAGAUUUAAAGAAGCUAUACAGCCUCUUUUACAUCCAAGGGUCAAAGUUAAAUGAUGUUAUUGAUGCCAUUCCAAAAAGUAAAAAGAGCAACAGAUGCCUGCUGCACUCCUUGGAUACUAACAAACUCAGACCUUCAGGCGGAAGCUUGAUGGAUCUUUGGGAGCGGAUGUCUCAGGAGUGCUGGGAUGAGGUGGUGCUAAUCGAUAGUGCCUGUUUUUUAGAGUCGCUCAAGAUACACUUACAGAAACAUAGGUUUUGCAGCGACUGUAAGAGUAAAGUGCUGAGGGCAUACAAUAUUCUGGUUGGGGAGGUCGACAGCAGUGAGGAGAAAGAUUUUUGCCCCGACCUGUACGAAGGACUGUACUGCUGCUCAUGUGACCGUCACAUCCAUGUGUGCUGUGAGAUUGACUUCAUCGCGCAUCUCCUCGGCCGGGCAGAGGCCCAGUUUGCUGGAGGCUAUGAGGAGCGACAUGCCAAGACCAUCGACCUUGCGCAGAAAGAAGUCCUGACGUGUUUAGGCAUUUAUCUCCAUGAGCGACUUCAAAAGAUUUGGCAGAAACUACGAGCAGAGGAGCAGACGUGGCAGCUAUUGUUCCAUGUGGGCAUUGAUGAAAUCCGCAAAAGCUUUGAGACGGCAGUGGAGAGGACGCAGGGAUUGAGUCGGCUGGAGCAGUUUGUCGAGGAGCUAUCUGAGAAGGAGAGAGCGAAACAGCUUAAACAGGAGAAAAAGAGGCAAAAGCGGAAAAACCGACGAAGAAACAAGUGCGGCUUUGACAUUUCUGAGCAGGAAGCGGACAUUAAGGAAGAGAAUCAUGAGGAGGGUUCUGUCGACUGUGAGGAGCCUAACUGUACUGCCUGCGGGAACCUCGAUAACAGGGAAAACAUCUCUAAUGCAAGCACAACCUUUAGUUGUUCAGAUAAACCAGAUUCAACUGGGAGUGAUUAUGGCUACUCGUCAAGCUUCGAGAGCAGCUCACGAGAAGGUUCCGAUGUAGCUUGCUCCGAGGGACUCUGUAACCAUGAUGUAGCAGUUAAGUCCAAUGAAUGCGGUUUUGCUGAAGAAAAAGAAGAGGCAACAGAUAGCUGUAGUGAAUUCUGGACACACACUGAGGAAACGCCUCAAUGCAAGAGUAGAAAGAAGAAAAGAAAGGGGAGUGCUUUACAUAAUAAUAAUAAUAAUCAGGGACGAAGAGAUGAAAGUCACAGUUUGCCACCGCCUCAUGUUUGCCAAACCAAAGAUCUAAAGCUGGACCGUUUUGCACAACAGUUACCAUGGGCAGGACACGGAAAGAAUCAUUGCCUUAAUUCCAAACAGUUAGAAGCCAACAUGAGUUUAUUGGAUCUCAUGGAUGAUUCUGAGGUCAUUUCAGAUGAAGAGAAUGGUCUCACCCAGGAUGAAAUUCAAGCAUUCGUAGAAAGAAAUGGGUUGUUCUACAGCAACCGUCACAAGUAUCGACAGCUACUAAAGGAUAAGUUUACCAACUACUGCUGCGCUAGUCACUCGAAGAUAGACUGUAGCAACUGUUUUGCCUCCACAAGUGUGAAAUCAGUGCGCCAAUGA